AUGCACGCCAAGUCCUUCGUCCUGGCUUUGGCCCUUGCCUCUUCGUCUGUUGUCGAAGCCAACCGACCUCGCAUCUACUACCCACGACAAGUUAAGAGGGAAGUCGAGAACAAUGCUCCUGCUCCCGUGGUACCAGGGAACCCGGCGGUUCCCACGCUUGAGAAGCGAGACCCCCAGGAUUCGUUCCUUGAUCGCCUUUUCAACAACAACAAUGAGAAUAAGGCGGCCGCGGCAGACAAGGAGGAUGGUAUCAACUUCGAUCCCACUCUCCCUCUAGGCUUCAAGCGUCCUGGCCCCAGUGCUAGUGCCCCGCCUGCUCUCGUCCUCCAACCUACCACAAGCAUGGCCAUCGAGGAGCCCGAAACAACAGAACCCGCCGAAGCCACCGAUGCUCCUACCGAAGCCGACACCGGUAUUCUUCUUGCCCCUAGCGGCAUUGUCACCAGCAAGACCGCAGUCAAAUCUGCCGAGCCAGCCAAGACCUCAGCAGCUGCUGUCCAGAACCCUGCGACGCAGCCUAAGGAGGAAACCGAAGCUGCUCCUGUCGAGUCCGAGACUGUUGCUCAGCCUGAACGGCCCGCCGUCACCUCCGAUGUUGACGCCAACCCUGCCCCUACCGAGCAGCCAAAGGAGGAGACCAAGCCUGCUGCGACAACAGCACCCGCUGUGAAGGAGCCUGAGUCCGUCAAGACCCCCGAGAAGAAGCCCGUUGAGUCCAAGACUGAGCAACCUGCUCCUGUCCAGACUCAGCCCAAGGUGGAGACAGAGUCCCCCGUUGUUGAGACCAAGGAACCCGAAACUGAGGCGCCUGCUAGCACUCCCGCCAAGAAGCCUGCUGUUGAGACCAAGACGGAGAAGGCUGCCCCUGUUGAGUCCAAGAUCGAGUCUAAGACGGAGGAACCAGUCCCUGUGCAGACCGAAACUCAACCCCAAGAGGAGACUCAGCCCUCAGCUGUCCCUACUUCAAAGAAGGGUCUGCUUGACCCCGUCGAGAGCCUCUUGUCUUCCGUCCUUCCCGUUCCUGCCGAGUCCAAGACCACUGCGCCCAAGCCUGUCAACACCGAGACCAAGGCUGAGCCAGCCACGUCUGACGACAAGGAAGAGAGCCAGCCUGCUCCAAUCGAAACCGAGACUGUCCUGCCUGCUCCUGUUGAGACCCAGAGUGCUCAGCCUGCCGACUCCGACUCCGAGACCAAGAGCCCAUCUGUUGAGAACCCUGCUCCUACAACUAAGGAGGGCCUUCUUGAUCCCGUUGAGACCCUCCUGUCCUCUGUGCUUCCUGUUCCCGCUGAUAGCGAGACCAAGAACCCACAACCUGACCAGACCGAGUCUGAAUCUAUCCCAGAGGAGACUGAAACCCCUACAAAGGAGCCCCAGCGACAGGAGAGUAAGCCCCAGACUGAUGGACAGACUCUGCCUACUUUGAGCCCCCCAACCGACGAGGCUACUGCCGCUCCUGGCACUGUCGAAACAUCUAAGGACGGUCUCUUGGACCCUGUGGAAACCCUUCUCAGCUCUCUGCUCCCCAACGAGCCUUCUGAGGUCAAGACUACCUCGCCCGAGGAGACAUCGGCUCCUGAGAGUGUCCCUGUGGAUAUUCAACCCACCUCAGCCGCUGCCAACGACUCUGAUGCUCAGCAAACUGUUUCUGGUGCCCCUUUGACUGACCCUGAGACAACUGGCCUGCCUGAUAUUAUCCCUACUGGCAUCCUUCCCGACACUACGCUUCCAAUUGACGAGACCGACAUUCUCCCCAUUCCCACGGAUAUCACUGAUGUUACAUCUGCUCUGCCUGAACCUUCUAGCCCCGUCACCGUCUCUCCCGUCAUUCCUACAACCGCUGCCCCUGAGGAGUCCCAAACUGGCUCACCCGAUCUGACUUCAUUCCUGGACCCCAACACCAAGUUUCCUCAGACUCCUGGCUCUGAGCCCACUGAGUCGCCCAACGUAACUGUCCCCGAUGCGACAUCUGGUGUUGGAUCCCAGCCUGUCGAGACUGAAUUACCUGUGGCCACCAGUGAGCCAGUCAACGGCACCCAGACCGACCCUGCCGUCACUGGUGAGCCUGAGACCACUGGUGCUCCUGAACCCACUGAGGUCAACACCGAGGACGUGACUGAGGCCCCUACCGAGGUUCCUACUGCUGCCCCCACGGCUACUGGUGACUCCUCCGAAGAGCCCUCUGGAAACGCUACUGAGCCAGCCACUGAGCCCGCUACCAAGCCUAUUGACACUGCUACUGGCUCAGUCCCCACCGAGCUCCCUGCUACUCAAACUGAUGCCGAGACCAAUGGUACUGCUACAGAGGAGCCCACCUCACCCGCCACCCAAGUUGAGACUGAGAGUGCACCCGUUGCUACCGAUGGCGAAGAGACCUCUGCAGCUGCCCCAACUUUCACUGACGAGCAGCCUUCGGUUCAGCCUACUUCUCAGCCUCCUCCUGUCGAGACUGAGACCCAGCCCCAGACUCAACCUGAGCCUGCCCCGACUACGCUGGUUCCCACCGCUGCUGAUCCCAUCACCAGUAUCCGACCCACUGCUACCCUCACAAACACCAACAACUGGCUGCCUACUACCAUCAUGUUUGAGCCUACCUCUAUUCCCGCUGCUCCCACCCAGGCCACAGAGACAUCGACUUCCACAGGUCUCCCUGCUAAUAUCCCCCGAGUCAUUCUCCCUAACGACCCCAACAAGCCUGUUCCCGAAGGUUCUCGGGCCAUUCAGAUCGGUUUCCUCUUCCCCUUCAACUACAAGUUCCUGGCCCGAAACACUGUCGCAGCUGCCCAACUCUUCAAGUACCUCCCCAAGGGUCUUGCCGAUGCUGGUGGUUUCAGCAAGGACCGCAUUCUGGUUGAAAAGAUCAUUCCUAUGGAUACUCAGUCUCAGUGGGGAUACAUUACGGCUUUGGCUAAGAUCCAUUACCCCGAGAACAUGCUUGACAGCCUCCAGGCUGAUCUCAUGACUCCUAACUCUCUGCUCUACAACAACGACCUCGAGAUUGUCCGCAACCUGACCUCUGUCAUCAACAACAAGAUCGAUAUCUUUGGCAACACUGACAACGACUCCAACUCUGACAGUGGUGACUCGGAUGACGGUGGUAGCAGCAACAAUGAUGGUUUCGGUAACAGUGGUGAGGGUGACAAGACUGCGAAGCAGAAGGCUACCACUGCCGGUAUUGCUGUCGGUGCUGUCGGACUCAGUGUCAUGUACGGUGCCGCCAUGUUCCUGGUUGCUCGACGAUACAAGCGCAAGAAGCAACUGGGUCACCGCCGUGCCAGCUCUAUUGGCAGCAGCCAGCGAUCUUCCGAGAUGCAGUACGGCGGCAACGGAAGCCCUGCUCUUAUGGGCGGCGCUCUCAUGAGCCGUGACUUCUCAUCAUAUGGUGCCCAGGGUGAACACCCUCCAGUUCGACCUGGUGGCCGUGACAGCCACGGCAGUGGACGCAGUGGCAUGGGCAACUCGGCUCGCACUGCUUUCAUCUCUGCUCCUGUAGCUGCCGAGAACUCACUCGGAUGGAACUGA